UCCAAACAAUCACAACCCCAUCUUCGGCCUGGCAGGACCUCAUCUCUGUCUCCCACUGUAGAGGACGAGGAGAUGGCGAUAAAGUGAGUUUCUGCACAUUUGAUUGUAGGGCCUUUACGAUUUUCAGCAUAAAACCACCUGCAGCAGCCAUGUGGAAAACACCAAGGAGUUUUUCACUCACUGGUAGAUUGUGUUGCUUUCCCAAGGAUCCGCUGGCGGACGUUGAGACCUGGAGCGAAUCUGUGGACAAAGUCCUCGGCUGUAAAGCCGGACAGGUCGCUUUCCGGGAGUUCCUGAAGUCCGAGUACAGCGAGGAAAACAUACUGUUUUAUCUCGCCUGUGAGGACUACAAAAAAAUCAAGACGGUGCCAGAGAUGAUCUCCUCCGCCAACAGGAUCUACUCAGAGUUCGUCCAGACAGAAGCACCGAGACAGAUCAACAUAGACUGCAGUGCCAGGGAAAACAUUACAAAGAACAUCCACCAGCCCACCCUGAAUUCCUUUGACACGGCGCAGAAGCUGGUCUACAGCCUGAUGGCCAGGGACUGCUACCCGCGCUUCCUAAAGUCUGACAUGUACCAGGGACUCCUGCGGAGGGCCGACUCCAGGUGACUGUAUUAAAGACGACAGACGGCCCGUCAGACAAAGGCCCCGAUCAGCUCGGAUUUGCUGUAGCGCUCUGAUUUAGUAAACAGCUUUAUGUCAUACAAUCCACAUUAUAUAUGUAGAUGUAGGUUUUGGAAGGGUUUAUUUUUUCUAUCCUGUGUGAUUCCUUAGACAGUGAACUAAAUCCUUUAAGAGAUUAUGCAUGAUUGUCUAAUUCUUCAGGCUAAAAUGAUUGUAAAGUAUUAUCAACACUUUAUUUGAUUAUGCAAAUCGAACUGCUAAAUGUGCAGCGAAAUUCAAUGUUCUUAUG